UGGGGCACGACUAUGUUGGAAAUGUCUGUGGAGAAGAAGGGCUAGUUUACAGGAUUUUGAUGGAUAUUAUAAGAGGAAACUUGGAUGGAAUUUCACGACCAGCAUCAAAUUCAAGAAUUCAUCCUGAGAGCAGAAGUUCAAGUGCUUCUUUGGAAGUCUUGACACCAGAACCAGUGUCUAUUAAGGUUGAUCCUUCAAUCAACUUGAAUAGUAGUAGCCAGCAGAGCAAUAUAGAAAAUUACAAUUUCAGGGAAAGUAAUAGCAUUAAUGGUAAGAAGAAACAUGAUACUCAGAAGGUUGACCACAAUUUACAUGAACAGACCAAGGCUUCUUGCACUGAGUAUUCAGAACUUAAUUCCAGUCUGAUUGCUUCAGAAGAUGAAUAUGAAGUUCAGUAUUUCACUCUCUUUGAUAUGCCUAAGGAUAUCCUAAGCCAAGUGAAAGAAGACAUUUCCAAAAUAAAAGAAUUGGAUCUUCAGCUUCAGGAAGCUGUUAAAAAGAUGAAGAGACUUGACAAACUAUUGGUGGAAAAACAAUUUAAAGAAAAAGAAAUAAAAAAGCAAGGCCAAGAAAUGAGAACAAAACUGUGGGAAGAACUUCGGAUUAUCAAAAAUUUUGAUGCUAUAGAGAGUAAUGAGGAGAUAGAAAAUACCAAAAAAUUUGUGACUUUGGCUACUUCUUCAGAAGAGACAACUGAGUCUGUUCACCUGGAACAAGAGGAACCCUUCCUUCCUGUGUUUCACACGCAAAUUCCUCCAGAAGAAUAUGAAAACUGUAUGGAGCAAGCCAGGCAAGGGUCUGCAUAUCAAAAUGAAAGUAAUAAAUCAUUGAUUAAACCAGAAAAGAAGCCACAGAGAGAAAACUAUGGUGAACUCAAGGGUAAAAAAAAUCAGGAUUUCAUUAAGAGAAAUAUAGAGCUGGCUCAGGACUCAAAAAAUGUAGUCUUUAUGAUGGAUAAAGAAAAAAGAAGAUUGAUUGAAUUAUUAAAGGAUAUAGACAAUGGACAAGAUACACUUCCAAGUACUGAGGAUGGUGAGAAUGCCUGGCUCAUACCAGAAAAAGGAUAUAUGUCUGCAGCACAUACAGAGCGUGAGCAACUAGCUCAAAUAGAUUCCAAACUGCAAGAACGAUUCUUUUUAACUUCCUUGGGGUUAUCCAAUGAUUUUUCAGGAGUGGACAAUCAAACUGGUCAGGAGGAAGCUGUUCUUAAUGAUAACACGCAAGUGAAAGUGACUCCAGGGGAUGAGGCACUUCGAAACACCAAAGAGCACCGGGAAGAACAAAAUCGACUCAAAGAGAUCGAUCAGCAACUGAUAGAGUUGGAAAAAGAUUGUGUGAAAACACCACAAAUUCUCUCUGAGGAGCAACUGAAGAUUCUUCUAGAAGAAUGCCUAUUGGAACAAAGAGCAGGAAGGGACAGCAGAGAUACUGAUGGAUUACAGGCUGAAUCUAUCCAGCCUUCCAUAUCCUUCAUCUCUCAGUUGCUGAAUAUGUCACCGAAUCUCAGCAGUCCUGAGGUUGAGAAUGAAGAUAUCCUUGAAAACAGAGAAUGUGAAACACCCGGCUAUUAUCUUGCCAAAGCGUUGGGUGGCCAACAUCACAUAGCAGAAUUUUUGGUCACUGAAAUAAAGGAAGAGGAGAGACCCAGGCCUGCAGGGGAUGUAGCUUCUAGUGACAUAGAAGGUUACUUUAUGUCAAAAACACUUGGCAUCGGAAGGCUGAAGAGACCUUCUUUCUUGGAUGAUCCUUUGUACUGUAUCAGUGUAGACAGCGGCCUAUCAUCUGAAGAUGAGCAUCUGAAACUGAUUGAUUGUCCUACUGAAAGUCCAUCGAUGCCUGAUGAAUUAAUGACAGAAGACAAGACAGAAGAGGAAGUCAAAGACUCCUAAGGAAAACAAGUUGCUAAGAUUUACUUUAGACUAUUCGUUAAUCCAGUUAAAAGGCCUGGUUUUUUUCCAUUGGAUUGACUUACUAAACCAUUGAAUUCAGUGAAGGCCCCCCUCAGUGAUGAAUGUAUUGGUGUCAUUUCAUCUCCGUUUGUUUGUGAAAUUAAUUCAUUCACUCUUUUUGACAUUCAUAAUUCAAGCAUGUGAAUUUGUUCACAGAUGCCUUUUCUAAUUGUUAAUUUUACACAUGCCAAUGGGCUGAAUGUAGGAACAAACAUAAUUUUUCAGCGUCCUUUCGUUUCCUGGAAUUUGAAAUGUGGCCAUUGUUUCAUAUAUUUUAAUUUUAAGUGAAUUUCAACUUCAUUGCACUUGUCAGUUUUGCUGAAUUUUAUUGGGGUUCUGUUUUUUCCUCCACAUCCUAGGAAACAACCCCUCCACUAUGGUCUGUACAGUUUAAAGGGAUGGAAAAAAAAACAAAGAGAAAAUGUACCAUGUGAUUUUUUUUUACAAGUUUUCAUAGUAGCUUCUCUCAUUUUACAACAGAACAAUCCCUUUGUAAGAUUAUCAUGACCUACCUCCUCACCAGAGUUACUUAAAUUAAGUAGGAAUUUGACUUGUUGUCAUCUUUAUUCGUAGUCUUUCAGAAAGUUACAGAGUCUUUUCCUAUGGUGGUACUUUGAGAAGAGGGAGAUACUACAGGGACAAGUCAGUAACUUGGACUCACAACAAAAUAUCUUAUGCCAAAACAAUAUAGGCUGAAUUGGCUUUGAAAGUAAGAACCCAUCCCAUUUUUGAUUCAGGAAAUGAACAACCUGUUAUGCCAUUUUUAAUGAAAUUCUGGGUAAUAUCUAUGAAACAUUAUUGUUUCAUGCUGGCAAAGUUUCACAGACUGGUAUUGGAUACCAUUAGUGAUUGCUUGUGUCAGUUUUACUUGGCUCCAUUUUAAUGAAUUCCAUAGCAAUUUUUGAAAGAGGUUGUUGACAAGCAAAUUUCACAUUUAGGCUCAUCUUCCAUGGUUUGCCGUACACUGGUUUAAAAUGAAAACACCUCUUGCUAAUGUAAAGGCUCUACCAUGUCACUGAAAUUAUACUGAUGCCAAGAGGUCUUUUAUACUAGUGCCAGGAGAUGUCACUGUCAAUGAAUUCAGAGCCUCCUGACAAAUUCAGUGUGACAUAUGAUGAUACACUAUUUUGUGUUAUCUUAACAGAUGACAAUUGUCAUAGGCGCACUUUUUUUCAAAGUACUCACUAUCCCUGUAACUUUCUGGUCUCCCUGGCUACCACUUUCCUAUGUAAUAUGUUUUUUUCUUUUGUUAGAAUGUAAGCUCCUUGAGGGCAGGGG